AUGUCAAAAGGGGCUUCAGCCUUGCGCGAGGCGAGUUCCGAACUUAAUAACACCUCUCUAUCGACCACCUCCACACAAGACUUAAACCCUGCAUCACAAGAGGUGAGCAAGGCUCUCGAAGGACUAUAUCUGGGCUCUGCUUUUAGGAUCAUCAAAUUUCUCCGAACCGAGAACCACGGAGACGUCUAUUUGCUCGUCGGCAAUCUCGAUUCCGAACGGACGAAGAAAUGUUAUUAUGUGGCCAAAGCCAUCGACUUUGGAGGAAGUUGUGCGUCGAAAUUGCAAGCGCACAGGCAGAAGCACCUGAAAAGAUUGAAAGCGUCAUCUUCCUUUGUAUGUGUGGUUGAAGAGCAUGGCUUAAAGUGGAUGAUUCGGAACUCUGAAGAACGAUGCGCUCCCGUUAUUGGUGUCGCAUCUGGGCCUGAGUUCGUGGAGCUUGAUAGGAUAAGAUCCGGUGGUCCCCUUCCCGUAAAUGUGGAUCUGGCAAGUGAAUCACACUUCACGGAUAUUGGGGCGAACGACGACGACUCGGCGAGCCAAGCAAGCCGUCAAUGUUCCAAGACCGACGUCGAUCUUCCGCCUGAUGGAACCCGCGAUGGGUAUUCCAUCCCAGAGUCGUAUACGACCAAAGAUGAAUCACAACCCGCACUGGACGAAGGCGACAACAUUGUGGUCAAUCAAAAAGUACAGCAGCAGCCCGAUGUUUUCGAAUGCGCGGGCGACGCGUCAGUGCCAGCAGCUGCUGCAGAUGCAGGUAGAGACAGCAGCGAAGGAAUCGCGUCGGAUGAAGACACCACCAGCCAAGAGCAAAGGAGAGAAGUACGGAAACAAACGGGGAAAUCUCAAUGGAGGAAAAUCCAAAGGGAGAAGCGCCGGAUGAAUAAAUUGGAGUGCGUGGCGAGCCUGAGAUCCAUCUUGCAGCCUCGAACAGCGCCGGUCCAGUUGCUGAUCCCGAGAUGA